CCGUUCUCCCGGGCGGGGCGGGGCCCGGGGUCCGGCUACUGCUGGCUGGAGAGCCAGGGACUUCCUUGUUGCGAGCCUCGGCCCGGCCGUGUCCCGGCUCGUCGUGCUCACCCGGACGGCCAGCGCGAGUCUAGGGCCCGGCCACAGCCAUGCCCAACCCCAGCAGCACGUCCUGCCCCGGCCUCCUCCCGGAGGAAAUUAGGAACCUGUUGGCAGAUGUUGAAACAUUUGUAGCAGAUACACUGAAAGGGGAGAAUUUAUCCAAGAAAGCAAAGGAAAAGAGAGAAUCGCUCAUUAAGAAGAUAAAAGAUGUAAAGUCUGUCUAUCUUCAGGAAUUUCAAGACAAAGGUGAUGCUGAUGAGGGGGAUGAAUAUGACGACCCUUUUUCUGGGCCUCCAGACACCAUUUCCUUAGCCUCAGAGCGCUACGACAAAGAUGAUGACGGCCCCUCUGAUGGAAACCAGUUUCCUCCCAUUGCAGCCCAGGACCUUCCUUUUGUCUUAAAGGCUGGCUACCUGGAAAAACGCAGAAAAGAUCACAGCUUUCUGGGGUUUGAAUGGCAGAAACGGUGGUGUGCUCUCAGCAAAACAGUGUUUUAUUAUUACGGGAGUGAUAAAGACAAACAACAGAAAGGUGAAUUUGCAAUUGAGGGCUACGAUGUCAGAAUGAACAACACCCUCAGAAAGGAUGGAAAGAAAGAUUGCUGUUUUGAAAUCUGUGCUCCUGAUAAACGUGUCUAUCAGUUUACAGCAGCUUCUCCCAAAGAUGCUGAAGAAUGGGUCCAGCAGCUGAAAUUUAUAUUACAAGACAUGGGAUCCGAUGUGAUUCCAGAGGAUGAUGACGAAAGAGGAGAAUUAUAUGAUGACGUCGAUCAUCCUCUUCCGGUCAGCAGCCUAUCAAGGAACCAGCCAAUUGAUGAUGAAAUUUAUGAGGAACUUCCAGAGGAGGAAGAGGAUGCUGCUUCGGUGAAGAUGGACGAGCAAGGGAAGGGGAGCCAGGACAGCACACCCCAUCCCUCCGGAGAUAGAAGCACUGAUUACGCUAAUUUUUACCAGGGUCUGUGGGACUGCACUGGAUCCCUUUCUGACGAGUUGUCCUUUAAGCGUGGUGAUGUGAUUUACAUCCUUAGCAAGGAAUACAAUAGAUAUGGCUGGUGGGUAGGAGAAAUGAAGGGAGCCAUUGGCUUGGUGCCUAAAGCCUACGUAAUGGAGAUGUAUGAUAUUUGAGAGUCUGGGGAAGUCUUCUGUCUGUCGGCAAGUGCUCUGGAUUUGGAAACCCCCCCCACCCCACCGAGAGCCUGAGUGAUGGCUCAGAGCUGCCUUCCUUUGGCUGAAUAUUACUGUCUCAGCUGCUGUUCUACACUCAUUAAAAUACCCCGGAUGUCAGAUUAAGCCAGCAGUAAUUGAUUAAGUUAGGUUCAAGCAGUAGAGAUAAGACCUGUUGCUGUUUUGCAAAUAGUGAUUAGCAUUAAUUUGCCCAUUUGGUUUAUGUGGGAAAAUUCAUUGUGAUUGUAUGCCACUCUUAGUCACUGAAGCUGCCAGUGGGGGUUGCUAUUUCUUAAUCAUUGGGUAUCAGUUGGUUUUAGAAUGUUGCAUAUAAUUUCAUAGACUUUGUAAAUUUUGAGUCCAUACUAAAGACUUCUUUAAAGCUGUGUGGAUGACUUAACUUGUUUUUUUUUUUCAUAGAGUAAUAGCAUGUUUUCAUUUUUAAGAAGUUAUGCAAAUUGACAAGUUUACCUGCUCUCAAGUAAGAAAGAAAAAAAAAAAAGGCAGUAACAUUACAGGUGGCAGUAUCCUGUCACUUGGUACACAAGUGUAAACCAGAGCUAGGUUUAGGCAAAGUAUUUCAAUGUCUUAAUUUGAUGAUGGGCUUGCCAGUGUUUUCUCCUAUAAUUUUAUUUAAAUUUAACAAAACCCAAGAUUCAUAAGAAAGCCCAUGGUAUUACCACUAAUAGGUGUGAACAACUUCAGUGUGAGUUCAAAGUGUGUGAGCAUGGCAGGCACUCUCUUGGCUUAUGGCCUCAUCAUUGCUUGCCCUGGCUGUCACAUCCCACUGUUAAACAGCAGUCCAGCAGUCCCGAGCAGAAAAGAAAGGCCCAGAAUGGCAACAGUUACCAAGCCUGUCACUCCCCUUUCAUAGGUAGUUGAAGUCAUAGUAUUUGUAACUGUCUGUGGAGAUGCCAGUAUAGCCUUACCCUGUGUCAAAUGCACUAGUGGCUGGAUAGUUUGCAGUAGAUGUAAUCUACUACUGAAUCGUUCUCUAGCAAGUUCUAGCUUUUGCUUAACUUUUCAGAUAGGAAUGCAAAUGAGCUGAUUUUUUAAGUCUCCACUAUUUGUGUACAACUAUCUUUACAAGCAAUAGUAAAGAGUGUUUAUCUUACUGUUACUCUAUAAAUGUUAUGAUUACUGUUUCAAAAGUAAAAGAAAAAAAUCUUAACAUUAGGGAUUGUGAAUAAACUCAACAUAGUCCAAGUUUUCAGAAAUUACGUUUGUACAAUUACCCUUUUCCUAUUAGAGUGUCAUUUAAAUAGGUUAAAAUCAUCUUGGCAGAAGCUAGACAGGUAGAAAUGAGCUCAGUGAGCUGGCUUUCAGCGCCAGUGUGGUUGAAAAGCAAACGCCUAGCCUGUGGUUACAGGUUUUGUGCCUUUAAUUUAAGUGGCCAGCAGAUGGCAGCAGCUUGUCAUUUGCACAUGGAACCACUUGGGAACCCCUCCCCCACUCGGGCAGACUUGAGAACCCGGUAGAUUGCUGCUUGCUUUUCCAGUUAAUCCAGGAGAGGGAGUCCUUUGCCAACUGAUGGCCAGCAUUCCCAGUACAGAAGCAUGGUGCCGCUUCUGUCCAGACAGCCUCUGGCCUUUGUUCUUUCUUUAACUUGAAUAUACAUGGGAGAUAGAAGGUUGGAACCAAAGGCCUGUAAAAUUGGGAGAGAGAAGAAAAAUUACCAUUCCUUGCCAUUGGUGGGUGCUUUCUGUUCACUUGAACUCAUCUCUGUGCUGUGAGGAAGUUUCUCUCCACCCUUGACAGUACAUCACAUUCUCUUCAAGAUCAUAAUAACAUCAUUAAUGUGAAUUUAAACCACGCAGCUUGUUAGAAAAUAUGCUAAUUGUUAUGUUCUCAUUAUGUUUGCUUAGCUUUUAUUUGUUUUUCUAUGAACAGUUAGAGAGCUAAUUUUUUGAAAGGUGACUGUAAGUCAUAUUUUAUAUAGCGUUUUGCUUGAUCGUUUGCUCUGUACUGAAUUGGUACUCUGUUGCCAUUAGAUCUUACAAUAAUGUUCCACUCUGCAAAUUUUUAAGGUUCAAAUAAAGUUUAAUUGUUUGCAAACUGUUAUGAUGCUAAUAAUUCAACAGCCUGCUGUGUUACUAAUGAAAUUACUUUGUUAUGAUUAAUUUGGAAAAUAGUGUGUUGAUUGUAGUAAUUAAGCACAACAAGGUGAAGUAAAUGAUUGUAAUGCCAUCUGGCCUCCAAACUGAAUGAAGAAAUGAAAUAGGA